UCCGCGGCGGCCGGCGCCCUGUUUACCGCGGUGCAUGGUGGGGCCGUCGCCCCGGACAACCCGGCCCCCCCACCCCGCCCAGAUCGCGGCUGCUCCUCGGCGGUGCUGGGGCAGGGGGCGCGGCGUCGGCAGCAUGCGUCCGGCCUGCGAGCCUUCAGCGCCUCCGGCGAGCUCCGACUACUACGAGCGGCUGGGCCGCCUCCAGCGCGGGCUGCGGGACAGUGAAAAAAAGAGACUGGACCUGGAAAGGAAACUUUAUGAAUAUAACCAAUCUGAUAUAUGCAGAGUUAAGCUGAAGUAUGUUAAAUUAAAGAAAUACCUGAAGGAAAUACGUGAAUCAGAAAAGAAGGCUCAUACUCGAAACCAAGACUAUUUAAAACGGUUUGAACAUGUCCAAGCUCAUGUUGGACACUUUACCACAAAUACAGAGAAGCUUCAAGAACUGAAGAAUGAAUAUGUGGCUCAAAUGAAGAAGAUGCAGCUACAGUCAAAAGAGAGUCCAGAAGCAAGAGGUGAACAGAAGGAUAAAGACAGAGGAAAGGUUGCAAGGCAGGUAGGAAUUAACUCGGGGACAGCCGCGUCAAGAGGACUGUAUCACCCAGCAACAAUCUUUAUGGGCCGCCAAAUGUCAGCCAUGUUGAGCAUCCGAGGUUUCCAUGCAGAGCAGAAAUCUCCCCAGCCCACAAAGAGUGUUUCAAUUCCUGACCCACAUUCACGCCGACAGCCAGCCCGGAGUGGUGACAUGACAGACAGCUGUGUAGGACAAACUCACAGUGACACACAGCGCUUAAAGAAGUCUGACAAAAUAGAUGGCAAGACAUCUCUUCAGAUUGGUGAGAAAAUGCCAGUCACAGGCAGCGCAUUGUCUGAGGAGGAACAAACUCACUGCUCACAGAUAGGAAGCAACACACAUCACGGCGAGAGUAGUUUAUCUGAAGGCAAAAAGUCUGCCCAACUCCAUUCCCUGUUGCUGGCAAGAUUAAGUCCAGAGAACAGAACUACUGAUGUAAAGUGUGACAGUUCCAACAGAUCAGAGGGAUCAGAGGGAGAAAUACUGACACAGGAACAUAUUGAAGUCAAGGAAGAAAGAGCCAGACUGCCAGGUGCUCCCAUAUCAGCCUUGGAAUGCUGCGCAUCUGAAAAUGAGUGUUCUCAAGAGAAGGGUUCGGCUUGGGAAGGUUGCUCAGAUCAUCUUCCUCCCAGGGACCCAGAGUCACAGAAACCCUUCAGAAAAAUGCAGGAAGAGCAGGAAGAAGAAAGUUUGAGCAGCAGCAGCAGCAGCAGUGACCUCACAGUCUCUGUAAGUGAAGAUGAUCUCAUUUUCAAGAGUCCAGAACCACAGCCAAAUCCAAGUGACAAGAUCGAGGGAGAAGAUGGAAUAGAGGCCUUAAAAUUAAUCCACUCUGAGCAAGAAAGAGAUGCCCCGUCCACUGAAAAACAUAAUUGUAUUUUGCAAACCCUAAGCUCUCCUGAUUCAAAAAAAGAAUCCUCCACUAACUCACCAACAAGAGAGCUCUAUAAUCACAGUGACAUUCUGAAAGAAGACCUUGAAGCCUGCAGAGCAGCUGUCCUUCACCAGCUUCCGAGACUCUUACCUGAGGGUAGCAGCGAUGAAAAACAAGUCAGAUUUGAACACGCACCAGCAGCAGGCUUGAGGGCACGGUUGGGUCAUCAUGUUGCCACCUUGAAAGAACAUGAUAAUUCUAUCAAAGAAGAGGUAGCUAAACCAUCUGAAGUUUUCCCAGUUAAAAACAUGAACCAGACAACAAGGGCAGCAGCCUUAUUGAAAAAAGCCCUUACAGAAGAGUGUGACGGUAGGUCAGCUAUUCAUAGUAAUGAAUCAUCCUGCAGCUUGCCAUCUAUUCUGAAUGACAAUAGUGGAAUAAAGGAAGAAAAACCUGCUCCAUGGCUCAACAGUGUUCAUACAAAGGAACAAGAAAUUUCCAGUGACUGUGGAGGUGAAAGCAGGGAAGAAAGCAUGGCAGCGAAGAUCCCGAUCACAGAGACAAAAGCCUAUCAGUUGCUGAAGCAGUCUACCCUUCAGGAUAAUAUAAAUCACACUGAAGACAGAUUCCAAAAAGCAGAUGUUUCUGUCUUACAGCUGUCAGGUUUGAACAUUAGCAGCGGGACAUUCAAGACAAAGACAACUAACAAAAUUGCUUCAGAGGCUAGUUUUUCAUCGAGCGAAGGAAGUCCUUUGUCAAGGUAUGAAAACGAAAAGAAAUUAACUACCAAUUUAGAGUCUAAAGCCUUCUGGGGUGAGUCUGAUGACAGUAACUCAGAAAUUGAAGCGGCUUUACGUCCUAGAAACCAUAACACAUCCGCCAAUGAUUUUGAUGAUUUUUAUGACUGAGUAACGACUGUUGGAAAUAAAGUCGUUAAGGAAACUAAAGACCUGUGUUCGUAUGUAGUGUCCUAAAUAAGCAUGUCAUUUUAAGCUUACUAAUUGUUUAAUGGGAAAACUUGGGACCACAUUGCCAUUGGAGCGAAAUUUCAUGGCAUAAACAUAAAUAACAUAUUCAUUUGAAGUGUCAUCAAAAAACAAAGUGAUAAAUGCAAUGCCCAUCAAAAUUCAGGUUGGUUUCUUUGUAGAAAUUGACAGGCUGAUCCUAUAAUUCAUAUGGAAAUCCAAGGGAACUAGAAUAGCUAAAACAGUCUUAAAAAAGAAA